AUGUCGCUUUCAAUUUCACCUUCGAGCCCUGAGGAACCUGUCACGCUGGUGGAACUAACCAGCGUGCCAGGUGGCCAGAAUGCGAUGGCUCAUCUCAAAAAACGGAAGCUGGAAGCAGAAUCUGUCAGCCCAAAUCCUAAGCAACUGCAGCAACUGCAACAACAGCAGCAGCAACAGCCGCAACAGCAACACUAUCAGCAACAGCAACCGUUGAUCAACAAGAAGGCUGCUCAAACGACCAUUCCUCAAGAAAUGGAGACAGCUGAUGCUGCUGCUAAGCGAAGGAGGAAAAGCGUGCGCGACGACGAGACACGAAAAUCACUUGAAGCCAAUGACGCGAGUAAAAACAUACCGUUGCCACAAAAGAAACGAGCAUUCGCCGCUGGGACCUCUGGUAGUCCGGCGAGAAAAUCCAGCAAGCAUUCUGAGGAGCCCGAAGAUGACGAGACUCUCAUCAGAGAAACGGAAGCCGCUUUGAAAAGCUUGUCGGGAAGUUGGCCCGGUCCUAGAGGCUCCUUGUAUCAACGAGGAAACUCGGACGAAGAUAAGUACGAAUCAAAUUUUGAAAAUCUGUUCGAAGAAAAGAAAGACAACCCCAAGCUGUCACCUUCCUCCGUGUCAACCUCUUCGACUACAAGCAACGAGACAGGUUAUUCUCUAAAGGAUGUGAUAACGUUCCGUGGUCAGCAAGACCGUAGCGGCAAGGUUCAACAACAAUUGAAGCAACACGACGUGGUCAAGCAACUACAGCAUCAGAGCAAAGUGAAAAAGGAUCUUGAUAACGUGUUGAGAACGGAAAACGAGUGUAGCAGCGUACAAGUUCAAGUGAACAAUGUGAACCCAAACGAGCCAGGUAAAAUUAGGCCGGUGUCAGUGAGGUCCCUGUCGGGCAAGGACCGAAACGACAGGAGCAUGGUCGGCACUCACGUGGAUCCACAAGGACGGCAAACGGAUAAAUACUCCAGAUACGACCCACCAGACUUUAACGAACUGGUAGACGACUCGUCGAACGAACUCGAGAUCGACAUGUCGGAUCCGACCGCCGAGAAGGACGAUGCUGACAGGGACAAAAUGAGCGACAGGGACCGUGAUCGAACGUGCAGAAAUGGACAAUCGCCUCAGAACUCAGCGAGGCAACAACAACAUCAACAUCAGCAUCAACAAAUGUAUUCCAGUUAUCACAGACAGUACAGCGAGAACGGCAUGAAGGUUUCGCCGACAGCUACGACCACCUCCUCCUCCUCAUCGCCGCCGUCGAAUUCUCCGUUCUCGGCCACGUCGGCAUUCAGACCACCCAAUACGGACCACGCGAAAGCAACUGGCCGCGGUACACCGUCAGUGGCCGUGGCUUCCACAGCGAUUCCACCUAUCGGCCCGUACCCAGCCUCGGCUACGUUUGUUGGCUACCCCACCGCUGGUCCUGGGCCAACGAUGCCGACCCCGCAACCUGUUACCGGCAUAUCGCCCACCUCCGAGGACAAGCAUUCGUCCACGGUUUCGCUGUUGCAGCUGAAAUCGUCGAAAGAGGACGCCCAUCACGUGACCAGGCACGAGGUGACACUCAACACGGUGACAAGCAGCAAAAGUCCCAGCGGUGGCCUUCCCGCGGUCACCAGUCCUGAUUCCUCGAAACAGUAUACAAUCCUUCAGCCAGCAGGUGUUGGCUCGAGAGCUGCCAGUGCCCUCCAGGACAUAGCCAGGGACGGAGUCGUCAGCGUCACUGCUGUCAGCAGUUGCAGUACAAGUAGUUCAACGAACGGAAACAACAACAGCGGCAGUAGCAGCGGUAGCAACGGUAAUGGUGGAAAUUGCAGCAACAACGUGUCCAGCAAGAACACGAGCAACAACAACGGUGGCAGUGCUAUCGCUAUCACGGCUGUGUCGACCAGCACGACCACGUCCAGUCCCACGACUGGCGGCGACGUAUCAGCUGGAACUGGAGCAACUCAGCAAGAGAAUGUGAUGAAAAUACCGGAAAGGCCUGGUGCCUUCGAUGGAAGCAGGCCGGGAAUGUCCAUGUCUCCGUCCAGUCUGAGCAGAGAGGGCAACAAGUGCCCAACCCCAGGGUGCACGGGGCAAGGUCACGUGACCGGACUCUACUCUCACCACCGCAGCUUAUCUGGUUGUCCAAGGAAAGAUAAACUAACGCCAGAGAUUCUGGCGAUGCAUGAGACUAUUUUGAAAUGCCCAACGCCUGGUUGCAACGGCCGUGGCCAUGUCAGCUCGAAUCGGAGCACGCACAGGAGCCUGUCCGGAUGUCCCAUUGCCGCGGCCAAUAAGCAAGCCGCACGCGAGGCACGACACAAGGCUCAAGUGUCCGGAAUAGCUCCAGAAUACAUCAGUACAAACCUGUUGCCGCCAUCAAUGGACAGUAAGAGCUACUCUCAGUAUGGAUCCACGACACAGGACACAAAACCGGUGCUAAGCAGUCUGACCUACGACUACUAUUCAACGACAAAGGGUACAGGGAUCAACAUAAAACCUCCCAAAACUCCGGAGGAAAGCCCUUCGUCCCGCACGCCAAAAGUGGUCCCUAAAACCGAGAAUAUGGCGACAAGCGGCAGUUGCUGCAGCAGUUUGUCUAGCAGGGGUCAAAGCACGUCGGACCUGUUAGUACCCAAGACGGAAGAUACAGCUUCUUGUAGAGUAAACUCACCCCCUCCACCACCUCCACCUACUGUACGACCCACGUACGACUCGUACAUGAAUCAAGACUCAAACUCCUCGUCGUUGUCCUCGAUGGACGCUAUGGGAUCUAGAGGGUCCAUCGGCGCAACGAUACAUCACCCGAGUCAGCACCCAACGCACCACGUGCUGCCCAUGCAGCCCACAGUCGCUUAUCCGAUGCCGAUGGUUGAAGACACCAGGAUGAGUCACCAAAUGUCGCAGAGGUCUCCUUACGAGCCCUCGGCGAUGAUGGCAGCAGCAGCGGCGGCAGCUGCAGCGGCCACAUCCAGCGAGGAGCUUUAUCACCACAGAUCUGCGGAACAUGCGAGGGCUUACAUGCACCCUGGUGCUAGUAAUAUCGCGCGACCUGUCGUAACCUACUCCAACGAGAUCGCGAAUGCGAGAGGCUACGAAAACGCAGUAGCCAAUGCUGCUAAUCAUCGACCGUACGACCCGGGUACCACGUCAGCCUACGAGAGAUACGACACGCAAGCCUGCGCACCCAUUCAGUCACAGCAGCAACAACAGCAACAGCAGCAGCAGCAACAACAGCAGUUGCAUUCGAGAACAAAUAUGUAUUAUCUGGGACAAACUGGGAUGACCCCGGAGGAGCAAGAACGGGUGUACCAUCAGGAGGUUGCGGCCGCGGCUCAACAACACCAGAUGGCGAUGGCUGCUGCUACGGCUGCGGGGAUGAUGAAGACCGAAGAUGUGAAAUGUGUCACGGUAGCUCAAGUGCAGCAGAUGCAGAAGCCAGGAGGUCCUCCAACAUCGCCUGGAGGAUCAGUGAUGGACUUGUCGACUUCCAGUGUAACGUCAACGAGCCCGCAGGCGCCCCCAUAUGGCUCUAACAGCCUUAGCCCUCAAUACGGCGGUGGUCAAACUGUAGGUGGUAGUCCACAAGCAGCAGCGAGUCCCCACCUGACGGCAAGUCCUCAGGUUCCCAGUCCACAAGGACAGACCCUCGAUCUCAGCGUGAACAGGCUUCAUAGAUCUGCGGAACAUGCGAGGGCUUACAUGCACCCUGGUGCUAGUAAUAUCGCGCGACCUGUCGUAACCUACUCCAACGAGAUCGCGAAUGCGAGAGGCUACGAAAACGCAGUAGCCAAUGCUGCUAAUCAUCGACCGUACGACCCGGGUACCACGUCAGCCUACGAGAGAUACGACACGCAAGCCUGCGCACCCAUUCAGUCACAGCAGCAACAACAGCAACAGCAGCAGCAGCAACAACAGCAGUUGCAUUCGAGAACAAAUAUGUAUUAUCUGGGACAAACUGGGAUGACCCCGGAGGAGCAAGAACGGGUGUACCAUCAGGAGGUUGCGGCCGCGGCUCAACAACACCAGAUGGCGAUGGCUGCUGCUACGGCUGCGGGGAUGAUGAAGACCGAAGAUGUGAAAUGUGUCACGGUAGCUCAAGUGCAGCAGAUGCAGAAGCCAGGAGGUCCUCCAACAUCGCCUGGAGGAUCAGUGAUGGACUUGUCGACUUCCAGUGUAACGUCAACGAGCCCGCAGGCGCCCCCAUAUGGCUCUAACAGCCUUAGCCCUCAAUACGGCGGUGGUCAAACUGUAGGUGGUAGUCCACAAGCAGCAGCGAGUCCCCACCUGACGGCAAGUCCUCAGGUUCCCAGUCCACAAGGACAGACCCUCGAUCUCAGCGUGAACAGGCUUCAUAGUGGCGCACCAAGUCCCCAGUACCCAACCGGCCACGGAGAAGCUGUAGCGGUUCCCGUAGGACCAGGAUUCCCAGCGCCCAGACCAAUCGAGGAGCAAACCGAGCCUGUGGACUUCUCGACGGCGAAUGAGCCGGUCAAUUUCAGCGGGGGGCCAGGAAUCAGGCCUGUACCAGGGUUCCCGCCACCCGGUGUGCACGUCGCGGCGUACAGCCGAGAAAGCACCCCCGACAGCGGGGGUUCCCACUACAUGGAUGCCUACCGUGACCCCACUGGUUAUGGACCAAUGAGUCCUCAUCCAGGAUACGGAAUGACAGGUGUUCAGCCAGAAUAUCCUGCGAACACUUACACUCCUUACCCCACUGCAGGCUACAACUGUGGUGGAACUUAUCCUGGUGGUCCUGUGACUUCUGGUUAUCAAAUUCCGGCAGGAUACACGCCAACACCCUGUUACAGUAUGCCACCCCCACAACACACGGUUGGACCCCUCGAUAAACCCACCGGUAAAGACGAUAGCUUGUCCGGUUGCCCGCGGGCUGAUCGCUCCCAGAUUCAGGCGCACUCGCAAGAACUGAAGUGCCCUACGCCAGGGUGCGAUGGGUCUGGUCACGUGACCGGAAACUACUCGUCUCACAGGAGUUUAUCCGGAUGCCCACGGGCUAAUAAACCUAAGAGCAAGCCACGAGACGGGCAAGAUUCUGAACCACUCAGAUGUCCAAUCCCCGGCUGCGACGGGUCCGGUCAUGCUACCGGCAAAUUCCUGUCGCAUCGCAGCGCUUCCGGCUGCCCCAUUGCGAACAGGAACAAGGGGCGAGUGUUGGAAACCGGUGGCAUGGUGGAGCAGCACAAAGCAGUUGCUGCGGCAACAGCAAUGAAAUUGGAAGGUGUCAACUGUCCCACGCCUGGCUGUGACGGAAUUGGCCAUAUAAAUGGCUCUUUCUCCACACACAGAUCUCUGUCCGGUUGUCCGAUAGCCGGACACGCAGUGAAGAAGCCCAAGUUCGAGGAUAUGUCGAGCAUGUACAGCAAAGGAAUCACCGGUGAGGAUCAAGCUGCCUCUGGGGUGGACACCAGUGGUCUGGCUCACGGGGGUGCGGUGGGUACGGGUCAGGGUAACACAAGUAGCGGUACCGCCACUGGCCAGAGCGAGGAUCUCUACACACUGGAGGCUGAAAUUACGGAACUCCAGAGAGAGAACGCUCGGGUCGAAUCGCAGGUGCUGCGCUUGCGCUCCGAUAUCACCGCCAUGGAGAACCAGCUGAAGCAAGGAGAAAAGGAAACAACGUCGAUUGCUCAGCGAAACAACAACCUGACCGAGUACUAUCAGUCGCUGCGUCACAACGUGAUAACGCUGUUGGAGCACGCGCGAUCACCGAAUGCCCCAGGCGGACCACAGGGCCACGAAAAUUUCGACAGUUACCUAACGAAGUUACAGACCCUGUGCACCGCGGAUGGUUACUGUGCGGAUGAAGGGAACAGGUCAAUUUAUGAGACGGUGAAAACCGCGCUUCAGGAUUUCACGGUCCUACCGACACCCAUCUGAGACCAUCCUUAAAGCUCGACGAUCGGAUACGACGUAACUUGGUCGCGUUUUACCCAGUGACUUAUCGUAGUGACGAAACGUGACCAUGAUAAGACACAAGAGGUUGACGUGGUUAUUUACCGAAAGGACACAUGUGCGACGAACAUUGAACGCGGCUCGUGUGUCGUUAAACGAUGCAGGAAAAAUGAAGACGUUCUCCGUCAACAAAAAUCGCGUUGCCUCUCGUCAGGUAGAGGAAGAGACGUUAAUUUUGACGAAUAUUAUCGGGUGAUUUACUCGUGUAUCAUGCGAGAAUGGUGCUUUUUAACACCGACAACGUCGGUGAAAUUGGACACGCUGUAUAGACUCUUAGUAAAUGUUACAACGGUAUCUAAGGUAUCCUCUGAGGAUCCAUUCAGUGUGAUCUCGCGGAUCCGUGUGGACUGAUGUUGCUCAUAGCUAUUUUGUACAUAACGAACCUAUACUACGUAAGUAUUGUAAGAGACCUGGGCUGAGAAUCGCCCGGUCGAUCAUCGUGAAUUGUAAAUAGACGGGAGAGAUAACAUUUAUAUAUAUAUAAAUAUACAAAAGCGUUAAUGUGGUUAUCACUCAUAAUUAAGGCAUGUAAAGAAAGAAUAUGACAGGACGUCAAGCGAACACGAACGAGAUUAGCUUACAAGAUAGAUGUAUAUCGAAACGUAUCGCUCUUACCAGUGCAUAACUGUUACUACCCGUUAAGCCAUUAAACGUUAACACUACGAUGAUGUGAAACCGCUAAAAUGCUGCUUUAGCUAAAACCGACGGCUACUUAAUUAUAAAUUACUAUUGCGUACUUAUUACAGCUAGAUACUAUUAUUACUACUAUUGUCACUGUUACAACCGAAAUCGUUUCUAGGACUAAUUCAAUCGUCAUUAUCAUUAUUAUUAUUACCAUUAUGAUUAUGAUUAUGAUUAUUAUUAUUAUUGCUAACAGACUACUCUUACUACUGGACAUAGGAUAUUAGCGACGAGUAUACCGACGCAUUUAUAUUAUCAACGAGUCUACGAACGGUGCAACAUGUUGUCCAUAAUAUGUAAAUAGUCACAGAGAAAAUACGAAUAUUAUACGAGUGCUAGAGAUCGACGAGGGGAACCGCGAAACCUCGAAGUCAUAACGAAAGAGGUGAAUUCGAGGUCGCUCAUUUUGUCCCAGAAAAAAAAGAAUGUGAAUGGUAAACACGGUGUAUUUAUCGAAUUUUUAGACGUAAAGGACGAGCCGAGGAUCGACGAGUUUCAUAUAAAACACGAGGACCAUAAUGGCUGCCGUGUUGUCGUCGUGAAUCGUCCGUCAGUCUGAACGAAGGAUACUCGUUCGUUUGUGCAAUAGCUUCGAAGAGAAUUGUUGCAUUCAUUUCUUUCGUUAUAUGAAUUUAUCAAGGUGCAGCGGUGAUUCGCAAAUUGUUACGGUUUUGUUAUCGCAUUCACACCCGUAUGUGUUGUAUGUUCGCGUUUUUGGUUAGUCACGAGGUGUAAACAUCGAUAUCAUUGCGGAACGAUGAAAUAUCUUCUGCCUCUUCGACGCUUCAUCGUUGCUGGCUCGACGAAGCAGAAUUAUUUCGCGUAAGCAUCGUCGACCCGGCAAAUCAAGCGUUGGUACCAUUUCUCUGGCAUCGAUAAGUAUACGACGAAACUGAUGCGGUUGGUAGUUUUUGCGCCACAUAAUCAUUUAUCAUUGUCGAGUAACAAAUUUGCAAGUGGAAUGCUGGUUGAUUUAGAGAUACUGCACGGAGCUGGAAAGUUGGCACCUGGGAGAAAUGUGGGUUCUGUUGGUUUCAUUGCCAUGUGUAUGUAUUUUGCAUUUCGACGUGUUGAAUGGUGACAUGUAUAACACGCAUGUAGACUUUCAUUGGCCUAGAAUAAGUGUUGAAAGAAGAAAUUGUAAGCAAAGUGCUUACAAUGUUCGGGAAUUGCAUGUGAAAACUUGAAAUUUUCACAUUAUUGUCCUUUUCAAAUUGGCAACUUUCGCAAUUUUCAUGUUUUCAAACAUCCUAACACAAAUUUUCUACUCACACUUUUAAUGUGAA